CCUGCAGUUGUGUCCCCUUCCCAGGAGCGGCACAGGGCAGAACUCCAGCCCUUCUGCCCCCUUUGCCCUUCACGCGGCUUUGUUCCCACGUCUGCCCCCCGCCCUGCUGUGCCCGCUCGCCCCCGCUGCCCACCCCGGGGAGGCCGAGGGUCCGGGCCGGCGUCCCCAUGGCAGGGCCCUUUGCGUGUCUGUCAGGGGUGGCGCAGCAGGCGCUCCCGCGCCCGAGCUGGCCCUGGUCUGGCGGCAGGGUGCCCGCGCUGGGGGUUACCUGCGUGUGUCAAUGUCUCCCCGCAGGGCAGCUUGGAGGAUGGGCGGAUCAUCGACACCUCGCUCUCGCGGGACCCCCUGCAGGUGGAGCUGGGUAAAAAACAGGUGAUCCCUGGCUUGGAGCAAAGCUUGCUAGACAUGUGCGUUGGGGAGAAGCGGAGGGUGAUCAUCCCGCCUCAGCUGGCUUACGGCAAGCGAGGAUCCCCACCUGCUGUCCCAGCUGACGCCGUGCUGCAGUUCGACGUGGAGCUGGUUGGCCUCUCCCGGGCCAGCUACUGGCAGAAGGUGACGAAUGACGUGCUGCCCCUGCUCUGCAUCGGGCUGAUCCCGGCUCUGCUGGGCCUGAUUGGCUACCACCUCUACCACAAGGCCAGCAGCUCCCGGGGGGCCAAGAAGAGGCUCAAGGAGGAGAAGAGAAACAAGGCCAAAAAGAAAUAAACGUCCCCUCCCCACAGUAUCA